AAAGGACCUUUAUUUUCCCACGAAAUCCGCGUCACACCAGUCACUACCAACAUUGUCGGUUGUACUGCUAUCUACCGUCCUAACAUCAGAUGGUGGAUGCUCUAAGAGAGGAUUUCGGCCGGUUUGAAAACAGAUUUCAGUUGGCAGAUAUGGUGAGAACCAGUACCAUGGCUGAGCUGCAAGCCUUCCAGCACUCUCUCAAGGCGGCAGGCCCAGCAGGGGAAAGUUGUGGAGGAAUUCAGCAGAGCAGGGCAGAAACCGAGAACAGGCCUCAGCGCCUCUCUCAAAACUCUACAGAGAUGGAGGUCAGUCUGCCUCUGAGCAUCCCUGAUGCAGCCAAGCGGAAGAAGAAGAAAAGGAGGACAAGAGCAACUGACAGCUUUACAGGAAACUUUGCAGAUCUGUACAAGCUUACGGAUGAGAUGUUGGGCCAGGGUGCAUAUGCCAAAGUCCAGGGAUGCAUCAGUCUCCAGAAUGGACAGGAAUUUGCUGUGAAGAUCAUAGAAAAGAACGCAGGACACAGUCGCAGCCGAGUGUUCAGAGAGGUGGAGACGCUCUACCAGUGCCAAGGAAACAGGAACAUUUUGGAAUUGAUACAGUUCUUUGAGGAUGAUUCGUGCUUUUACUUGGUGUUUGAGAAGUUGAGAGGAGGCUCAAUUUUGACCCAUAUCCAGAACCGCAAGCACUUUGACGAGCUGGAGGCCAGUAGAGUGGUGAGGGAUAUCGGCCAAGCUCUCAACUUCCUCCAUACCAAGGGCAUUGCUCAUAGAGACCUUAAACCAGAGAAUAUCCUAUGUGAAUACACUGACCAGGUGUCUCCUGUCAAGAUCUGUGACUUCGAUUUAGGAAGUGGAGUAAAGCUCAGUAGUGCAUAUACCCCCAUUACAACUCCGGAGCUUACCACACCGUGUGGCUCAGCCGAGUACAUGGCCCCUGAGGUUGUGGAGGUGUUCACGGACGAGGCAUCCUUCUACGACAAGCGCUGCGACCUGUGGAGCCUGGGGGUCAUCCUCUACAUACUGCUGAGCGGCAGUCCUCCAUUCACGGGCCACUGUGGAAGCGACUGUGGCUGGGACCGGGGAGAGAAAUGCCGCUCUUGCCAGAACCACCUUUUUGAGAGCAUCCAAGAGGGGAAGUAUGAGUUCCCCGAGCGUGACUGGGCCCACAUCUCUCAGGGAGCCAAAGACCUUAUCUCCAAGCUGCUGGUCAGAGACGCCACGCUCCGUCUCAGCGCUGCCCAAGUCCUUAAGCACCCUUGGGUACAGGGGAAUGCACCAGAGAGAGGCCUCCCAACCCCGCAUGUUCUGCAAAGGAACAGCAGCACCAAAGACCUGACUCAGUUUGCCGCAGACGCCAUCGCCUUCAACCGGCAGCUGUCGCAGCAUGACGAGGAGCAGGAGGACGCCGGUGCCGUCAUCUGCUCCAUGAGGCUGUCCCCCCCCUCCAACUCCAGACUGGCACGGAGGCGGGCACAGUCUAACGCCAUGCGCACCUCGGACUUCCUGCCCGCCACAGAGAGCCUCACCUCGUGAUUGGCUCUGUGGGGGAUGAUUCCAGGAGCAGCACUUCUGCUGCUACGAGUUUUGAGAGAGCAGCACUUCUGCUGCUACGAGUUUUGAGUGCUGAGUUCCCCGAUCUCUCUUCCCCCCUUCUUCCUCUUGCUUCAUCUCUGUGGGUGUUCCAGAAUUUCUCCAUAAGACCGACGAGUGCUCAGAGACGGUUGCCAAGGGCAUCCUAGGAUGGACAGACACUCUCCAUAAGACCGAUGAGUGCUCAGAGACUGUUGCCAAGGGCAUCCUAGGAUGGACAGACACUGUCUAAGAUGGCUGAUAGUUGCCUUUGUCAGUGCAGCUACUUUCACCGGUUGUAGCCCUUUUGUUAGAGCUGCUGUCAAGGCCAGUAAUCAUCAUAUCACAUGGAAGCAGGGAAACAAAGGGAAAAUGUUUUAUGAAUUAUUAUUUUUUAUUUUUCUGACUACGCCAUCAGAUUCCCAUCAUAUGGUACGUCACCCUUUGAUUCUAGCUAUACAUUUUUUAAGUAGGUCAAUUAUUCUAGAUACAAGUUAAAGUAGGUCAGUUAUACUUUAAUAUAAAUAUAUUCGAGUAUUUUAUAGUACAUAGCUUUGCUGUCUUAGUGUUUUCCAUUUGAAUCUUACUGUAUUAUCUUGCUAUGGUGCUAAUAGCCCCUAGUACAACUAGAUUCACAAUUGAGUGUUUUUUAUGGGGAGAUUAUAAUUUUGUAUUUCUUUUAUAUAUAUUUUUUAAACCAGCUACCUGGAGCACUUAGGUACUUUAAACAAAAACAUAUUGCUUAUACUAUGAUUGGUAUGGGAUGAUUUGUAGAUGAACGAUAUUGAAAAACAUUACCUCAAUUACUAAUUUGCAUGGAUUGUAUCUUUGGCCAAUUUGUCCAAAUGAUAUAAUCAUUGAAUGACCUUCCACUGUAAGGUUUUCGUAACAGCCUGUAUCUCCAUUUAUGGACUUAACAUAUCAAUUAACAACAUAUUGUUUGAAUAAGUUUGUAUGCUUUUAAAUUGUGAAAGAUGGUUUUAGAUUUUCUGGUUUUAAAUUGUAUUUAUUUUUGUCCGUUUUUACAUUGGAAUGAUUGGAAACCGAAUCCGAAUGACGGUACCUUGGCCUUUGGGUCAAGGAAGUAUUUUUCUGUAUAGAUUAUUUUGUAAUGUCGUAUGUGCCAAACACAACAGUUUUCGUGCCUGUGACAUUCAUUUUACAGUCAUUAUGUUUUGAAAAACCUAGUGACUGAAGUUUAAGCAUUCUUUGAAAUUGCUAUGUUUUUAUUAGAAGAUUUCUCAGGUUGACUUUUUCACUCCUCAGAGAGCUUGUCCUAUAUUAAUGGGGACUCUGAUUGAAGUCUGAGCUAUUAUUUCCCUCAUCCUAUUAAGUUCACGUAUUAUCCCUAGUAAUGUAAACGGCAUGUACCCGGAUUUCACCCAGUUGCCAUGGACACUCCAUCCCUAUAGCAACUAAGAGCCUUCGCAAACGGGCAGGAAUCAACUAAGGACUGCCGUGGAAAUGAGUGCACACAUUAGGAACCAGUCAGUGGCUAUGUUAAAACUUUCUCCCUCCCAUUAUGAAGAUCAGUGAGGCUGUUUGUUUUACAUCAACUUAAAUGAGCUGGGUGGAGCAACAGUAACUGCUGGCAAGCAAUUAUGUAGAAUACCUGAAGAUAUCCAUUUGGAUAAAGCUUUGCAUGCUGGGGAUUCUUUGCACAGGCAUAAUGUCCUUAUAAAGUGAUUUAUACUGCUGCCGAAUUUUGGUAUUUACAUUUAAGUGUCUGCUAUAUAAAUGUAAUGGACUGCAUACCCAAUAAAAUAUAUAGAGCUACAUAUAUAAAAA